CUCUCACAGCAUCUUCAUUACCGGUUUCCCCAAAUGACCUACACUGCGAUUAUUUCUACGCGAUAUCCGCCAUGUUGCGUUUGCUGCACAGAUUUAGUCUCAGGGACUUGUUUCAGUUGAGAACGGUCGUAGCGAUUUUCACCUGCUUGAACCUGGUGCUGUGUACAUAUCUGGUGGUGACGAAAGUGAAUAAAACUUUUGAAUCAGACAAAGACGAUUCGCACGGAAGCAAUGGACUGCCCCUGGAUGUUCCAAAGUCCAAAUCAGGAAUCCCUCUCGUUUUACACCAAGUUUGGACCAACGUUAACGUCCCAGUUGCGUUCUCAAGUGUCAUGAAAACGUGGGUUACCAACCAAGGUUCCUGGAGGAAAUACUUCUGGGAAUGGAAGGACGUGGACAAGCUGGUCGCCGCCACGCACCCGGAAUUUCUGGAAGUGUUCCGCAGUCUGCCAUCUCACCAAAUGCGAUUGGAUAUAUUUAAGUACAUGUUGAUGUACCGCGUGGGUGGUGUAUAUGCCGACAUAGACAUGCAGAGUCUGCGCCCCAUGGAUGAUGUGUUGGACGCCCACCCGUGCAUUCUCCCUACACAUCAACACGUUGUAAUUGCCCACAAUGGAGUGUUCACAGCGAGCGUCAUUCUCCUCUGUCGGCCGGGACACCCAUUCUUUAAAAAAGUCGUGGAUUAUUUUAUCCAAUUAGAUCCCAAGUUGUUACGGACAAAUGAAGACACCGGGGAACAGGUGUUUGGGCGCCUGGCCACGGAGUAUAUGAAUGAAAUAGGGACAAAUCCAGCCACCGGGCCUCAAGACGCCUUGCAUUUCGCCCAGGGCGACGAAUUUCUCCCAAGGACCCUGAUACCCAGAGCAACCUUACUAGAGACCUGCAUGGAAAAGUUAACGGACGAUAACGUACCGGUGUGGAUAAAGAACGCAUGCGUGAGUCUGAAGACACGUGACUUCAACUCCUUCCUGCCUCCUGCAGCUUAUACAGAUCAUCGUUUUGCAGGAAUGUUUGAAGGGGACGCGGGAACAAAAUAUAAUUUGAACAUCACAAUCCAUGUUAAAGACGUUUAUGGAAAAUAUUAUGUAAUAUACUGAGAUAAUUGUUGAUUCUGACAAAAUAUUUUAAAGUUGAACUACAGCUGAUAAGAUAUAACUUUUAUAAUAGAAUAUUUAUUCCAUUUUGAACGGGAAACAAAACAGAAAGAACAAUGGACAAGAAUACAAUUAGUACUUAAACGAUACCAGUUCUUGGUAAUAGCAAAUUCUUAUUCUUUUGCGAAAGUUAUUUUUCUUACAAUUUUUAUUCAAAACAUAAAUACUAGUCACUGGUGUUGAUUUUAAAAACCUUACUGCACGAUUGUUUAAACAUUACAAUUAUACCGGUAUAUCAUGAUACACACCAGGUGCAAGUUCGUAUUUUUGCCACAAGUAUUUGAAGCCACUUAGGUACACAUUUAUGACUGAUAUACAGCCUUUGUGGUUAGAAAUAAGAAAUUAAAUAUAUUCAAACGGGCGGUAACAUUCAGCACACAUUUAUUUCACCUUGCCCUUUUAAAACAUCUAUCUGAAUUCCCCUAUUCUGAGUACCUCCACCAAACCAC